GUGCCUGGCCGCUGCUGGCCGCUGCCGCUGCCAAGCGACGACGCAAAGGUCGACCCUACGACAGCCUCGUCGCGGAGGGCAAAGACUUAGAGGAGAACGAAGCAGUUCGCACGAUCCAGGCCGAUCUCCACCGGACUGGCAUGGAAGAUGUAGAUGUCUGCUCUUUGGAGAAUGUGCUGCUGUCGUUUGCAGCCACCAAUCCAGAGAUCGGGUACUGCCAGUCGAUGAGUUUCGUCGCGGCCACCUUGCUCCACUACCUGCCGGAGGAGACGUCCUUCUGGACUCUCUCCAGUCUCUUGGAGGAUGUGCUGCCGGAGGGCUACUUUGCCUCCCGCAUGGUCGGGCUUCGAACGGAUCUUCGCGUUCUGAGUGUGCUCCUGUCGCAGUAUCUCCCGAGCCUGGCCGACCAUCUCGAAGCCCAAGAAAUUGACCUCUCACCGAUCACUGUGAACUGGUUCCUCUGCCUCUUCCUGAACACGCUACCGGCAAAGUGGUCCCAUCGCGUGCUCGACACC